GAGGAGAGAGGAGGAGGAGGAGAAGGGGGGAGCGUUUGCAGGCAGCAGGGAGCGGCGAGUGUGCGGCGGCGAGAGGAGGAUGAAGGUCUCUCCCUCCUGCCUCCAGACCGGGCGCUGAGGGUGAACGUGGGGGCAGCCUGGCAGGGGGUGGCCUGCUGUCCCUGUCCCCCCACCCCUGAAGGGACAAGGACGGACCCCCCAGCUUUGGCAGGUCCGAGGCCAGCCGGCCCUUUGUCUGCGGGCGGAGACUCUGCCCCAGCCAGAUGUGCGGGCAGCUGUGGCACGGAGCGGGUAGGAGAUGACAGCGACGCCGCGAGACGGGAGGAGAGUCCAAGGGCUGGGAUCCUAUUGCUUGUACAAACACCCAGACUGUUACAGCAUCAUCUCGUGUGCAAAUCUUUGCACAGCCAGCAGAGCUGCAGCCCGUCCUGUGCUGGGCAAAAGUGAUUGAGCCCGGUUACAGACACAACCCACGGAGAAACAGCCCAACAGCAGCGCUGGGGAGUCCUCCCUGGAAAACGGAGUUUGGAACAAGGGCCCCUGCGAGAGAUGGAGAAACGGGUCUGUGCUUGGGGACACGUCUCUUCCAGAAGCCCAGGCAUGACCUCGAGGAGCUCAAAAGAUGCAAACAGGAGCAAAAAUGAACCAUAUGGAGAGGAAGAAAAGGUGAAGCUCUGACUGAAGGCACCGGCCCUGCUCAGGGUGCUACGUGUUCUCGGUGGGGUGGCCGGCAGCAGGGGCUGAGCGGUGCCCAGGGCUCGCAUGGAGCAUCUUCUCCCGUGGCUGCUGUCCCCACCCGGCUGUCACCGCAUCCCCCGCUCCAGAUGUGCCCCGUGAGCCUUUCCUGCCUGGGAGGAAGCCGGUCCCACCAGCCGAAAAUGCGACGCUUGCAAACCAGCUCCCUUCUGCUCUGCGUGGUGGCCGCCACCGCCAUCCCCACCGUGCCCUGGAAGGUCCAGUGUCCCCCGCAGUGUGUCUGCCAGAUCAGGCCCUGGUACACCCCCCGCUCGGUCUACCGGGAGGCUGCCACCGUGGACUGCAAUGACUUGUUCAUCUCUGCUGUACCCCAGGACCUGCCGGAGGGGACCCAGACCCUGCUCUUGCAAAGCAACAACAUCGGCAGGCUGGAGCAGAGCGAGCUGGACUAUCUCAGAAACCUCUCGGAGCUGGACCUGUCACAGAACAGCUUCUCCCACGUCUGGGACCUGGGGCUGAAGAGCAUGCCCCAGCUGCUCAGCCUGCACCUGGAGGAGAACCAGCUGUCGGAGCUGCCCGACGGCAGCUUCCCCGGGCUGGGCAACCUGCAGGAGCUCUACCUGAACCACAACCAGCUCCGCAGGAUCGCCCCCCGCGCCUUCUCCGGGCUCAGCAGCCUCCUGCGCCUCCACCUCAACUCCAACCUGCUGAGGACGGUCGACAGCCGCUGGUUCCAGAUGCUCCCCAGCCUGGAGAUCCUCAUGAUCGGAGGCAACAGGGUGGAUGCAAUCUUGGACAUGAAUUUCAGGCCCCUGUCGAAGCUGCGGAGUUUGGUUUUGGCUGGGAUGAACUUGAGGGAGAUCUCGGACUAUGCGCUGGAAGGGCUGCGGAGCCUGGAGAGCCUCUCUUUCUACGACAACAAACUCGUGAACGUCCCCAAGCGGGCCCUGCAGCAGGUCCCUGGCCUCAAGUUCCUGGAUCUGAACAAAAACCCGUUGCAGAGGGUCAGGCAAAGCGACUUCACCAACAUGCUGCACCUCAAAGAGCUGGGGCUCAACAACAUGGAGGAGCUGGUGUCCAUAGACCAGUUCGCCUUGAUCAACCUCCCCGAGCUGACCAAGCUGGACGUGACCAACAACCCCAAGCUGUCCUUCAUCCACCCCAAAGCCUUCCACCACCUUCCCCAGCUGGAAACCCUCAUGCUCAACAACAACGCCCUAAGUGCCUUGCAUAAGCAGACGGUGGAGUCGCUGCCCAACCUGCAGGAGAUCAGCAUCCACAGCAACCCCAUCCGCUGCGACUGCGUCAUCCGCUGGGUCAACAGCACGGAGAACCGCAUCCGCUUCAUCGAGCCGCAGUCCACGCUCUGCGCCGAGCCCCCCGACCUCAAGAGGAGGCACAUUCGGGAUGUCCCCUUCCGGGAGAUGACCGACCGCUGUCUGCCUCUCAUCUCCACCAAGAGCUUUCCCUCCCGCUUAGAGGCGGCGGAUGGUGACAACGUCUCCUUGCAUUGCCGAGCUCUGGCGGAGCCGGACCCGGAGAUCUACUGGGUCACCCCUUCGGGGGUGAAGCUGAUCCCCUACACGGAAGACGGGCGGUACAAGGUGCACCCCGAAGGGACGCUGGAGAUCCAGGGGGUCUCGGCUCGGGAGGCCGGGCUGUACACCUGCGUGGCUCACAACCUCCUCGGGGCAGACACCAAGAGCGUCAGCCUGACGGUCAACCACUCCUUCCCGCUCAGCCAGGACAGCCUGGAGCUGGUGGUGGUGGACGUCCAGUCCUACCACAUCCUGCUUGCCUGGAAGCCGCAUCUCAACACCGUCUCCUCCAACCUCACUUGGUCCAGCUUAUUGCUCAGCCCCAACGUGGACACGACCAACGUGGCCCGGAUCCCCACGGGGACCCACACGUACAACAUCACGCGGCUGCACCAGGACACGGAGUACUGGGCUUGCCUCCACGUGGCCUUCGUAGACUUGCAGGCCAAGGCGGCUUGUGUGAGCGCCAGGACUAAGGAGGCCGCCCGGCGCUCCUGGCUGCCACAGGGCGGGCAGGGCCUCCUGCUGCUGCUCCUGGGGCUCCUGCUCCUCGCCGCCGUCCUCGCCGCUCGCUGCGGUGUCGGGACGGAGCGCCGGGGCUGCCGGGAGCUGCCCGGCGGAGCCGCGGCCGUGCGGGUGGUGUAUCCGGGGCCGCGCGGGGGGCAGCUGCUGGCCGUGCAGGUGCAGGCGGCCGCCAUGGACUGCUGAGGAACGCGGCGGCUGGGGGGGGUGGGGGGGAGAGGGAGAAACUAUUUUUUACCAAAAAACCAACAAACCACCACACAAAACUGAGCAAAAUAAGGAUUUCCUGGACUUGGCCACGAGUCAGGGCGGGGAGGGGGGGAGCGGAGCUGGCCGCGGGGCCAGCAAGGCCUCUUGGUGGUCCCAGCGGGGUCUGGAUCGGUGUGGAGGGUCUGAUCUGUGCUCGGCUCCCAAAAGCAGCUGGGGGGGCUCCGAGGGGCCCCAUCCUGAGGGGGAUGAUGCCCCGAGCGGCCAAAGAGCCAUAGGGAUGAUCACCCCGUGUCCCCCGGCACCAACAGGCACCCCAGCGGUGUCACCUCCUUUGCUGGACAGUCCCUCGUUUGGGAAUACAAACAACAACGAGAAAGCCUUUCCCUUUGGGGUACAGGGGGGUUUUGUUUCCUUUUAUUUGUUUCUUCUUGGUUUUUUGAGCACUCGGAUAAUCAGCCACAAACCCGGCCCCGCUGCCCCGUUGUCCGCUCGCUGCCCGGCCGGAGGGGAAGGGGGCACUUGGGCAAAAUAAACAGGAAUGAUGAUGGUGACACAUCUCUCAGUUGGCAUCCCUGGGGGCUGGGGUUGAUGGGAUCCUGUAUUGUCAAAGCUGUUUUGUAAACUUUUGUGGAUAAUGUUGAAAAGAGGAAAAAUGGAAAGAAAAGGAGAGGGAGGAAGCUCUUGCUUUUUUGGUUUUGUAUAAAAAAGAAAACAAAAAAAGAAGGAAA